AGGUCUUCAUGCUGCGACAAACCACGCCCAUAUAAUUGGGAGAAUGACAGUUGCCCCACCCAGUACUGUCGGCCCGGCGGGAAAGCUGUACCUCCUUACGUCAUCCCAUACCCAAACCUGGGCCUCUACUUCCCACCCUGUGAUGUGUUCCGUGUCAAAUGUUGACCAUGACCCGAUAUUUCGCCUUACAUCUUGGCAAACUCUACGUUUAUCAGUAAUUAGUCUAACAAAGAACAUCGGAGCAUCUAAAAAAGAAGACAAACUGAAACCAUAACUACAAAUAACAUGAUCAUCGCAUCGUAUGUACAUGUAUUUAAUUGCAGUGACAAAGAAGAGGAGAAUGGUACAUGAAUUCUAGCUUGCUACUUGACAGCAUAAACCACAUUAAGCUCAGCUGAGAAAACGAGUGGUUAAAGAGAAGAAAAAUAACUUGGCUCUGUUUGCAGGCGUUUAAAAGGGCAUAAAAUAUUAAUAGAAAUUUGAAUAAAGUUGAUGGAAAUGAAAGUAU